AUGAUACGGAGUGAUCAGGACGGCUCCGAAAACUCUGAGGAGGAGGCGGACGAAACCGAUGUCAGCUCCGAGGAUGAGGAGGACAUGGGUUUCCUUGGUGCCCGUUACGAAGCAGUCGAUCGGAUCAUGCGCGAAGCUGCAGGUUCAAGCACCGAUCGAGCUGGUGGGCGACUGGCAAGAGCCACGACGUGGCCAGCAGGUCAGGUCUUUAAAAGGUCAGCGUUGCGGAGGAGCUCCGAACCCUACCAGGAGAAGUCUGUUUCCUUCGCGGAGGAGCUGGUGGAAACAGAAUUUGUUGCCUUUGAUCGAUCUCCCGGAAGCUCUGACGGAGAAGAGUAUGAAGGAGUUGGGCCCAUCCAGGAGUCCAAGAACCAGAGGCUACCAGAGCUUCAUGAGUCAGCUGAAAUGGCCGAGACUGGCAUAGAUGUCAGCUGGGAAGAUGGACCAAGUCCAUUGAACCAAGAGGCUGCAACAUCCGCAGCUAGUGGCGGUGGCCAUGCCUUCUCUUCGGGUCUCCCUGGCAAGGCAGCUAAUGCUGAUGGAGUUGGUUCGUUGCAGGAGUCUUCCACGUUUUCCACGACAGCGGCAGAGUUGGGCGUGCAGAGCCACUGUGCAGAGGAUGAAGAUGUUCCACAGCCAGAGCACGAGCCAGCUGAUGAAGCAAGCGCCCUAAAUGUCCUGGAGGUCAAGGAGGGUGAAAAGGAUGAGGAAACGGAUGAGGAAAAGAAUAAGAAAAAGGAUGAAAAGGACGAGGAUGAAGAACUCACGGCGUCAUUGGUUGCUGGCGCCUUUGUAGCAUCAGAUGCAGAGCAGCCAGAGGGGGAACCACCGAGUUAUGUGGAGUCGCAGGCGGAUGGCGAGGAUCCCUUUGAAGCCCUGGGCCAUGUACACCUGAAUCGGAAUCCGAUCUCGGAGAAGCUUCUGCAGAAAUUGCAGAUUUCGCACCAGUGCUGGAAGCAUCUGAUAUGGAGGCUGCCUGGCGAGCUGAUUGUGCUGUGCAUGGCGCGCCUGGUCCUCACAGUGAAUGGAUUACUGUCACCGACUGCUGUGAAGAAGAUAAGCAGCAAAGAACAGAUGGCAGCAAAGAUGGAGGAGAGGCGGAAGCUUGAAGGUCUGCUUCCACAAGCUGUGAAGAAGAUAAGCAGCAAAGAACAGAUGGCAGCAAAGAUGGAGGAGAGGCGGAAGCUUGAAGGUCUGCUUCCACAAGAACCUCAGGAGUCGGACGAAACCGACGUCAGCUCGGAGGAAGAUGAGGACGACAUGGGUUUCCUUGGAUGCUGUGGACCAGAACGUGUGCUGUGCAAACCUUUCGUGGCCGACACCAAGUCUUACAAAGUGAAGGGUUUCGUUCAGGAACACUUUGCACAACUUUGCACAACACAUGUGCCGAAGAGUAUGCUCCUGGCGCGUUGCAGAAGUCCCUCUGAGUGGGCUCGACAUGAGUUGGAAUUGAAGUCACGCUCUAGAUAUGUUGGCAUCGAUUGCUCUGGCGGUGACUCCGCCAAGCUGCCAAUGGAGGCGGACGAAACCGAUGUCAGCUCCGAGGAUGAGGAGGACAUGGGUUUCCUUGGUGCCCGUUACGAAGCAGCUGGUGGGCGACUGGCAAGAGCCACGACGUGGCCAGCAGGGCAGGUCUUCAAAAGGUCAGCGUUGCGGAGGAGCUCCGAACCCUACCAGGAGAAAUCUGUUUCCUUCGCGGAGGAGCUGGUGGAAACAGAAGAAUUUGUUGCCUUUGAUCGAUCUCCCGGAAGCUCUGACGGAGAAGAGUCUGAAGGAGUUGGGCCCAUCCAGGAGUCCAAGAACCAGAGGCUACCAGAGCUUCAUGAGUCAGCUGAAAUGGCCGAGACUGGCAUAGAUGUCAGCUGGGAAGAUGGACCAAGUCCAUUGAACCAAGAGGCUGCAACAUCCGCAGCUAGUGGCGGUGGCCAUGCCUUCUCUUCGGGUCUCCCUGGCAAGGCCAUGCGAGCGAUGGCCUCUCAAGCAAGUGAUGCACUUGAGGAGGCAGCUAAUGCUGAUGGAGUUGGUUCGUUGCAGGAGUCUUCCACGUUUUCCACGACAGCGGCAGAGUUGGGCGUGCAGAGCCACUGUGCAGAGGAUGAAGGUGUUCCACAGCCAGAGCACGAGCCAGCUGAUGAAGCAAGCGCCCUAAAUGUCCUGGAGGUCAAGGAGGGUGAAAAGGAUGAGGAAACGGAUGAGGAAAAGAAUAAGAAAAAGGAUGAAAAGGACGAGGAUGAAGAACUCACGGCGUCAUUGGUUGCUGGCGCCUUUGUAGCAUCAGAUGCAGAGCAGCCAGACAGGGAACCACCGAGUUAUGUGGAGUCGCAGGCGGAUGGCGAGGAUCCCUUUGAAGCCCUGGGCCAUGUACCGCCUGAAUCGGAAUCCGAUCUCGGAGAAGCUUCUGCAGAAAUUGCAGGUUUCGCACCAGUGCUGGGAGCAUCUGAUAUGGAGGCUGCCUGGCGAGCUGAUUGUGCUGUGCAUGGCGCGCCUGGUCAGCACAGUGACUCGGAUAUGCAAACUGAUGACAGCCCUGCGGUCCAACCUCUGGAAGAGGCUGUGAAGAAGAUAAGCAGCAAAGAACAGAUGGCAGCAAAGAUGGAGGAGAGGCGGAAGCUUGAAGGACAGGGGCAGGGUCGGAAUGAGCCUUGUCAGCUCGUUGGCAUGCUUGACAUUGCACGAGUGCCAGUCGAAAAUUGCACACCAGGAGUGGUUGGAAGGCCUUUCUGGCACUGGGUUGCUGCGGCAGGCGGCAAAGAGAGGACCUUCCGCCCUGUCGCUUUGGCAAUGGACAUCGAGUUAUCUGAGCUGAACCUGAAGCUGCGCAAGAGCGGUGGUGACAUCUCGGACUCCUUCGGCAUGCUCCAGUAUGUCUCCAAGAACAGUCAGCAUGGCAACCGCCGUCAGAUGGGUCCGGAACCACAUUUGAUCAAGUUGGCCAUGGUGGAUCUGGAGAUGAGCACUCCGGCUGCAUCAGUGACUUCAGACAUGGUCAAUGGCAAGUUGAUGGAGACCAAAGGAAGGAUGUUGCAGUGGGCCAUCCCAACGUCAAUUGCCCUGAAAUGCCCUGAGCAUGGCAUGACCCACGCCCAAUACAUGGAGCAGCUGAAGGAGAACGGACCAGCGGAUCACCCCAAGAUCGAUCCCAGUGCGCCAAGUCAUGGGCUAUCCCCUGAACAAUGUGAACAGCAACAGCCUUCCAUCCCGAGCUCUGGGUCCGGAGGAGGAACGGGCAGUUCAGAGCCAGCCACCUGCCACAGUGACUCCAAGUGCAAAGUCAGCGGUUGCGAAGAAAGCCCCAAGUCCGACUCCCAAGGUGCCAGUCAACAAGGAGAAGCCGACCACACCAGAGCUGAUGGAGAUCCACUCCAGCGACAGCGAGGGACCAUGGAAGGUCACACCUACACCUUCGGAUCAGCGUGGAAAGCUUUGAAUGACUUAAAGAAAAGGAUGAAAGAGGUUGCAAGUGCCGUCACUUCGAGCAAGCAGGCUUGUGAUGAGCCCAUGACACAAGAGCAAUGUGUUGCAAAGGUGGAGGACCUAGUGGAGAAGGUGGUGGUCUCAGGCAAACGUGCCAGCCCAUCGCAACCGAGCCAGCAUCUGGAAGGCCUUCCCCGCCACAGCCCUGCCGUGGUCGACUGGGAGGAGCUCUCCAAUCUCCAAAACAGUUGUCGCAAAUCCCGUGGCCUGCCUUCACUCAUGGGCUAUGAUGCGAACUGCCGCUUAGUUAGCGCUCGACAUGUCUGCCCUGGCGAGUCGGACGAAACCGACGUCAGCUCGGAGGAAGAUGAGGACGACAUGGGUUUCCUUGGUGCCCGUUACGAAGUGGUCGGACAGAUAAUGCGCGGUGAAGCUGCAGGCUAUGUAAGAUGCUGUGGACCAGAACGUGUGCUGUGCAAACCUUUCGUGGCCGACACCAAGUCUUACAAAGUGAAGGGUUUCGUUCAGGACGGAUACGAAGACUCUGAGGAGGAGAAGUGCGAGUCGGACGAAAUCUAUGUCAGCUCCGAGGAUGAGGAGGACAUGGGUUUCCUUGGUGCCCGUUACGAAGCGGCUGGUGGGCGACUGGCAAGAGCCACGACGUGGCCAGCAGGGCAGGUCUUCAAAAGGUCAGCGUUGCGGAGGAGCUCCGAACCCUACCAGGAGAAAUCUGUUUCCUUCGCGGAGGAGCUGGUGGAAACAGAAGAAUUUGUUGCCUUUGAUCGAUCUCCCGGAAGCUCUGACGGAGAAGAGUCUGAAGGAGUUGGGCCCAUCCAGGAGUCCAAGAACCAGAGGCUACCAGAGCUUCAUGAGUCAGCUGAAAUGGCCGAGACUGGCAUAGAUGUCAGCUGGGAAGAUGGACCAAGUCCAUUGAACCAAGAGGCUGCAACAUCCGCAGCUAGUGGCGGUGGCCAUGCCUUCUCUUCGGGUCUCCCUGGCAAGGCCAUGCGAGCGAUGGCCUCUCAAGCAAGUGAUGCACUUGAGGAGGCAGCUAAUGCUGAUGGAGUUGGUUCGUUGCAGGAGUCUUCCACGUUUUCCACGACAGCGGCAGAGUUGGGCGUGCAGAGCCACUGUGCAGAGGAUGAAGAUGUUCCACAGCCAGAGCACGAGCCAGCUGAUGAAGCAAGCGCCCUAAAUGUCCUGGAGGUCAAGGAGGGUGAAAAGGAUGAGGAAACGGAUGAGGAAAAGAAUAAGAAAAAGGAUGAAAAGGACGAGGAUGAAGAACUCACGGCGUCAUUGGUUGCUGGCGCCUUUGUAGCAUCAGAUGCAGAGCAGCCAGACAGGGAACCACCGAGUUAUGUGGAGUCGCAGGCGGAUGGCGAGGAUCCCUUUGAAGCCCUGGGCCAUGUACCGCCUGAAUCGGAAUCCGAUCUCGGAGAAGCUUCUGCAGAAAUUGCAGGUUUCGCACCAGUGCUGGGAGCAUCUGAUAUGGAGGCUGCCUGGCGAGCUGAUUGUGCUGUGCAUGGCGCGCCUGGUCAGCACAGUGACUCGGAUAUGCAAACUGAUGACAGCCCUGCGGUCCAACCUCUGGAAGAGGCUGUGAAGAAGAUAAGCAGCAAAGAACAGAUGGCAGCAAAGAUGGAGGAGAGGCGGAAGCUUGAAGGACAGGGGCAGGGUCGGAAUGAGCCUUGUCAGCUCGUUGGCAUGCUUGACAUUGCACGAGUGCCAGUCGAAAAUUGCACACCAGGCCUUUCUGGCACUGGGUUGCUGCGGCAGGCGGCAAAGAGAGGUGCAGUAGAAUUUCUACAACACCUCUCUUUGCCAAUGAGCGCCGUGGGGCUUCCGGGCAUCGCAGUUGUCAAGGACGGCUCCGAAAACUCUGAGGAGGAGAAGUACGAGGCGGACGAAACCGAUGUCAGCUCCGAGGAUGAGGAGGACAUGGGUUUCCUUGGUGCCCGUUACGAAGCAGCUGGUGGGCGACUGGCAAGAGCCACGACGUGGCCAGCAGGUCAGGUCUUUAAAAGGUCAGCGUUGCGGAGGAGCUCCGAACCCUACCAGGAGAAGUCUGUUUCCUUCGCGGAGGAGCUGGUGGAAACAGAAUUUGUUGCCUUUGAUCGAUCUCCCGGAAGCUCUGACGGAGAAGAGUAUGAAGGAGUUGGGCCCAUCCAGGAGUCCAAGAACCAGAGGCUACCAGAGCUUCAUGAGUCAGCUGAAAUGGCCGAGACUGGCAUAGAUGUCAGCUGGGAAGAUGGACCAAGUCCAUUGAACCAAGAGGCUGCAACAUCCGCAGCUAGUGGCGGUGGCCAUGCCUUCUCUUCGGGUCUCCCUGGCAAGGCAGCUAAUGCUGAUGGAGUUGGUUCGUUGCAGGAGUCUUCCACGUUUUCCACGACAGCGGCAGAGUUGGGCGUGCAGAGCCACUGUGCAGAGGAUGAAGAUGUUCCACAGCCAGAGCACGAGCCAGCUGAUGAAGCAAGCGCCCUAAAUGUCCUGGAGGUCAAGGAGGGUGAAAAGGAUGAGGAAACGGAUGAGGAAAAGAAUAAGAAAAAGGAUGAAAAGGACGAGGAUGAAGAACUCACGGCGUCAUUGGUUGCUGGCGCCUUUGUAGCAUCAGAUGCAGAGCAGCCAGAGGGGGAACCACCGAGUUAUGUGGAGUCGCAGGCGGAUGGCGAGGAUCCCUUUGAAGCCCUGGGCCAUGUACACCUGAAUCGGAAUCCGAUCUCGGAGAAGCUUCUGCAGAAAUUGCAGAUUUCGCACCAGUGCUGGAAGCAUCUGAUAUGGAGGCUGCCUGGCGAGCUGAUUGUGCUGUGCAUGGCGCGCCUGGUCCUCACAGUGAAUGGAUUACUGUCACCGACUGCUGUGAAGAAGAUAAGCAGCAAAGAACAGAUGGCAGCAAAGAUGGAGGAGAGGCGGAAGCUUGAAGGUCUGCUUCCACAAGCUGUGAAGAAGAUAAGCAGCAAAGAACAGAUGGCAGCAAAGAUGGAGGAGAGGCGGAAGCUUGAAGGUCUGCUUCCACAAGAACCUCAGGAGUCGGACGAAACCGACGUCAGCUCGGAGGAAGAUGAGGUCGGACAGAUAAUGCGCGGUGAAGCUGCAGGCUAUGUAAGAUGCUGUGGACCAGAACGUGUGCUGUGCAAACCUUUCGUGGCCGACACCAAGUCUUACAAAGUGAAGGGUUUCGUUCAGGAACACUUUGCACAACUUUGCACAACACAUGUGCCGAAGAGUAUGCUCCUGGCGCGUUGCAGAAGUCCCUCUGAGUGGGCUCGACAUGAGUUGGAAUUGAAGUCACGCUCUAGAUAUGUUGGCAUCGAUUGCUCUGGCGGUGACUCCGCCAAGCUGCCAAUGGAGGCGGACGAAACCGAUGUCAGCUCCGAGGAUGAGGAGGACAUGGGUUUCCUUGGUGCCCGUUACGAAGCAGCUGGUGGGCGACUGGCAAGAGCCACGACGUGGCCAGCAGGGCAGGUCUUCAAAAGGUCAGCGUUGCGGAGGAGCUCCGAACCCUACCAGGAGAAAUCUGUUUCCUUCGCGGAGGAGCUGGUGGAAACAGAAGAAUUUGUUGCCUUUGAUCGAUCUCCCGGAAGCUCUGACGGAGAAGAGUCUGAAGGAGUUGGGCCCAUCCAGGAGUCCAAGAACCAGAGGCUACCAGAGCUUCAUGAGUCAGCUGAAAUGGCCGAGACUGGCAUAGAUGUCAGCUGGGAAGAUGGACCAAGUCCAUUGAACCAAGAGGCUGCAACAUCCGCAGCUAGUGGCGGUGGCCAUGCCUUCUCUUCGGGUCUCCCUGGCAAGGCCAUGCGAGCGAUGGCCUCUCAAGCAAGUGAUGCACUUGAGGAGGCAGCUAAUGCUGAUGGAGUUGGUUCGUUGCAGGAGUCUUCCACGUUUUCCACGACAGCGGCAGAGUUGGGCGUGCAGAGCCACUGUGCAGAGGAUGAAGAUGUUCCACAGCCAGAGCACGAGCCAGCUGAUGAAGCAAGCGCCCUAAAUGUCCUGGAGGUCAAGGAGGGUGAAAAGGAUGAGGAAACGGAUGAGGAAAAGAAUAAGAAAAAGGAUGAAAAGGACGAGGAUGAAGAACUCACGGCGUCAUUGGUUGCUGGCGCCUUUGUAGCAUCAGAUGCAGAGCAGCCAGACAGGGAACCACCGAGUUAUGUGGAGUCGCAGGCGGAUGGCGAGGAUCCCUUUGAAGCCCUGGGCCAUGUACCGCCUGAAUCGGAAUCCGAUCUCGGAGAAGCUUCUGCAGAAAUUGCAGGUUUCGCACCAGUGCUGGGAGCAUCUGAUAUGGAGGCUGCCUGGCGAGCUGAUUGUGCUGUGCAUGGCGCGCCUGGUCAGCACAGUGACUCGGAUAUGCAAACUGAUGACAGCCCUGCGGUCCAACCUCUGGAAGAGGCUGUGAAGAAGAUAAGCAGCAAAGAACAGAUGGCAGCAAAGAUGGAGGAGAGGCGGAAGCUUGAAGGUCUGCUUCCACAAGAACCUCAGGAGGCAGAACCGCUUCAGCAGUUCUUUGAGAAGCCGGGGGAGGAACCGCAGCCCCCGCAGGAUGGCUUCUCCAAGUUGCUGCAGGAGUGGUUGGAAGGCGCCAAUGCCUUUCUGGCACUGGGUUGCUGCGGCAGGCGGCAAAGAGAGGUGCAGUAGAAUUUCUACAACACCUCUCUUUGCCAAUGAGCGCCGUGGGGCUUCCGGGCAUCGCAGGUAGCUGAGCACGGCGUCCAAAUUCAUCCUCGCCCGCAUCAAUGAGAAAAUGGGAUGUCUAGG